AUGUGCAAGGAUGACGGGUUGCAUAUCGACAGCACUCGCACCGAGCGCACGGCCAAGACCCUGAGAUGCAUAGGCCGAUCGUGCCCCGUUUUCGACGCGGGUCCUCGCAUCUGCAUGUUGCCAGGUGCUAGCUUCGCUCUCCACUCGACAUGUGGACUUGAUGACACCGCCCUCGACCCCGACUGA